GUAAAUAAGCUUAGACCAUGGUUAAGAAAGUAUUUGCAUGAAGAUAGAAGUAUUUUAUUGGCUAAUACAUUGCAUUAUGAAUAUUUUUCUGAAUUUUUUAAAAAUUAUUUAAUUAAACUUAAAGAAAUUUUUAGUAAUAAAAAGGUUUCGUUAAUAGUUGAUAAAACUACUGAUA